UGUAGCGGGAGUGGCAGGGGAGGGCACAGCCCCUGGUCCUCUGGGGUGCUGGGGAGCUGACUGGAAGGGUGGACAGAGGCCAGAGCAGCGCUCCCACCCCAGUGUGUGUGAAGUGAGGAGCAGACUGCCUGCCAGGGCUGAUAAGGGGCCCCUGGGGCUCUCACAAACGGUUUCUCACUGCGGGGCGGGGUAUCCUGCAGGGUUCAACAGGGGCUCUGAGCAUGGAGCGGCUUCGGGGUCUGCUCCAGACAGCGCAGCAGCUGUCCCCGAGACCCUCUCAGAGCAUCUACAGGCGUGUGGAAGGCCCCCACCAGGGGCGCCUGGCGGAGGAAGAGGAAGACGGGGAGGAGGGGGCGGAGCUGGCGGCCCGCUUUUGCCCCAUGGAGCUGAAGGGUCCCGAGCCCCUGGGCUCUAGACCUGGGCUGCAAAACCUCAUACCCUGGGCAGCGGCAGGACGCAAGGCUGCCCCCUACCUGGUCUUGACGGCUCUACUGAUCUUCACUGGGGCUUUCCUCCUGGGCUACGUGGCCUUCCGAGGGUCCUGCCAGGCAUGCGGGGACUCCGUGUUGGUGGUAGGUGAGGACGUCAACUCUGAGCUGGGCCUGGACUCUCACCAAGGCACACUGUACUGGAGUGACCUCCAGGCCAUGUUCCUGCGGCUCCUGGGGGAGGAGCGCCUGGAGGAGACCAUCAGGCAAAUCAGCCUUCGGGAGCGUAUGGCUGGCUCGGCCGGGAUGGCCGCCCUGGCCCAGGACAUACUCGCGUUGAUGUCCCGCCAGAAGCUGGACCAUGUGUGGACCGACACGCACUAUGUGGGGCUGCAGUUCCCCGACCCGGCUCACCCCAAUGCCUUGCACUGGGUGGACGAGGACGGGACGGUCGGGGAGCAGCUGCCGCUGGAGGACCCCAACGCCUACUGUCCCUACAGCGCCACCGGCAACGUCACGGGAAAGCUGGUGUACGCCCACUACGGGCGGCCCGAGGACCUGCAGGACCUGAGGGCCUUGGGCGUAGAGCCAGCCGGCUGCCUCCUGCUGGUGCGCGUGGGGGGGACCAGUUUUGCACAGAAGGUGGCCACUGCGCAGCAUGCUGGGGCCCUCGGGGUGCUCCUGUACCCUGACCCAGCAGACUUUUCCCAGGACCCUCACAACCCAGGCCUGUCCAGCCAGCAGGCUGUGUUCGGACACGUACACCUGGGAACUGGAGACCCCUACACGCCUGGCUUCCCUUCCUUCAAUCAAACCCAGUUCCCCCCAGUGGCAUCCUCGGGCCUCCCCAGCAUUCCUGCCCAGCCCAUCAGCUCAGACAUUGCGUCCCAUCUGCUGAGAACUCUCAAAGGCCCGGUGGCCCCCCAAGAAUGGCAGGGACACCUCUCAACGUCCCUUUAUCGCCUGGGCCCUGGGCCAGGCUUGCACCUUGCAGUCAACAACCAGAGAACCUCCACCCCCAUUAGCAAUAUCUUUGGGUGCAUCGAGGGCUUUGCAGAGCCAGAUCACUAUGUUGUCAUCGGGGCCCAGAGGGACGCGUGGGGCCCGGGGGCAGCCAAGUCCUCAGUGGGGACUGCCAUUCUGCUGGAGCUGGUGCAGACCUUUUCCUCCAUGGUGAGCAAUGGCUUCCGGCCCCGAAGAAGUCUGCUCUUCAUCAGCUGGGAUGGAGGGGACUUCGGCAGUGUGGGCUCCACAGAGUGGCUGGAGGUUCCCUCUCCACACUUCCCCCACCCACAGGGCUACCUCAGCCUGCUACACCUCAAAGCUGUGGUCUACGUGAGCCUGGACAACGCAGUGCUGGGGGACGACAAGUUCCACGCCAAAACCAGCCCCCUUCUGAUCAACCUCAUUGAGAACAUCCUGAAGCAGGUGGACUCCCCUAACCACAGUGGGCAGACUUUGUAUGAACAGGUGGUGUCCACCAAUCCCAGAUGGGAAGCGGAGGUGAUCCGGCCUCUGCCCAUGGACAGCAGUGCCUAUUCCUUCACGGCCUUUGCGGGGGUCCCUGCGGUGGAGUUCUCCUUCCUGGAGGACGAUCAGGAGUACCCGUUCCUGCACACGAAGGAGGACACCUAUGAGAACCUGCACAGGCUGCUUCGAGGCCGCUUGCCCGCCGUGGCGCAGGCCGUGGCCCAGCUCACGGGGCAGCUCCUCAUCCGGCUCAGCCAUGACCACCUGCUGCCCCUUGACUUUGGCCGCUACGGGGACGUGGUCCUCCGGCACAUCGGAAACCUCAACGAGUACUCUGGGGACCUCAAGGCCCGCGGGCUGACACUGCAGUGGGUGUACUCCGCACGUGGGGACUACAUCCGGGCGGCAGAGAAGCUGCGGAAAGAGAUCUACAGCUCGGAGGAGAGCGACGAGAGGCUGAUGCGCAUGUACAACGUGCGGAUCAUGCGAGUGGAGUUCUACUUUCUGUCCCAGUAUGUGUCACCAGCUGACUCCCCAUUCCGCCACAUCUUCCUGGGCCAUGGAGACCACACACUGGACGGCCUGCUGGAUCAUCUACGGCUGCUGCGCCCCAAUGAUGGCUCCAGAGCUUCCAAAGCUUCCUCCUCUGGGCUGGUACCUGGCCUGAGCUUCCAGGAAAGCCGCUUCCGGCGCCAGCUGGCCCUACUCACCUGGACGCUGCAGGGCGCGGCCAACGCUCUUAGCGGUGACGUCUGGAACAUUGAUAACAACUUCUGAGACCUGCAGGCUCUGGACCCACACACCCCGGUCCCUUUGGUGACAGCUGUUCAUCUCCCUGCUUGUGUAGUGCAGGUGAAGGAGGUGACCCCAUGCACCUCUCGUGACCUCUGAUCCUAUUAACCCUUGUGGUCUCUUCACCGGCCCGGUACAGACAUCUGCACACUUUGGGCCUGCAGUGUAGGUGAGCAGACCUUCCUUAAUGUGACAGCCACGCUGUCGUUUAAUCAGAGAGCAACAUCCCUUUGGGCAGUCACAGUCCCUUGUCCCUCGGAACAGGAUCCCCGUACCUAGACCCCACGAGAAGCUGUGAUAGACCUUGGACCUGGCCAGCUCCCUUAGUGGGAGAGAUGCCCAAGCACCACAGCCUUAUUAUGGCCAACAGGUGGUCUGUGGUAGGAGGGACACAGAGUUUGCAUAUCAAUAAACCAACCAGUGACAUCUGUUGCUCAUAAGCACCUUCCUCCUCACCCCCAUCCUCUCCCUUCCUCCCUCCCUUGAGAGCUGGGAAGUGUUGGGCAGGAGGGAUCAGAGAGGACACAUGUAGGAUGCUGUCUCUCUGGGCAAACUUAGCUGGAAAUUGCAGAGCCAAACAUAGUGGCCCUUGCCUGUAAUUCCAGCACUCUAGGAGGCUGAGGCGGGAGGGUUGCAGGUACAAGCCCAGCUUGGGCAAUUUAGCAAUUUAGCAAGACCUUCUCUCAAAACAAAAAAUUUUUAAAGGGCUAGGGAUGUAACUCAGUGCAAAGGUUCAAUUACCAAUGCAAGAAAAAAAAUCUUCCUAAGGAAAUUGCCUAAGAGCAUAAUGAAGGUUCAUUUUCCAAAGACCACCGUGGGUAUGAGUGGGGUCUUGGCUUUGGAGCCAAGGAUAGCUGCAUAAUUUGCAAGCCCUGGUGCAAACUGAAAAUUCAGGGCUCUUUUUGGUUUUUUUUUCUAGUACCAGGGAUCAAACUCGGCCUUGUGCUUGUGAAGUAGGCACAGUGCCACUGAGCUAAAUCUCCAAUGUUGGGGCCCUUGUUUAAUAAGCAGGAACAAGCCAAGUGUGGUGGCACUCCCCUGUAAUCCCAGCACUUGGAAGGCUGAGGCAGGAGGAUCACCAGGAGUUCCAGCCAGUCUGGGCUACAUAGUGAGUUCGAGGCCAGCCUGAACUACAUUGUGAGACCCUAUCCCUCCACCCAAAAAAAGCAGGUACAAAGCUUUACAGUCGCUAACUGUAGGGUGUUCCGUUAUUCUGUAAUUUGCUACUUUCUGUCACACUUCCCUGGGCUUAGAGAUACUCUGUGUGUGUCCCUCCCAGGUACCCAGAGUUCUGCUCCACAACUUAAGAAUUUGGCAAGUACCUGAUCCUGACCCUCCCUGGUCUUGUGUCCAGGUCCCUGUGGGCAAGGAGGGGACAAAGUUCGUCCCUUGUGGGGGCAGAGCGGAGCUGAGAGCCUACAUGGGGGAGGGCAGGCAGGAUCCCCAGCACAUGCUCCAUUGCCCCUGCAGACUUCACUUCCAAAACUUAAAUUCAGUGAUAAAAUUAUGGUUUUCCAGAUGGCAACUUAAAGGGCCGGGGAUUUAGCUCAGUGGUUUCACUGCCUACUGCACAAGGACUAGAGUUCAAUCCCCGCUACCAAAAAAAAAAAAAAAAAAAAAUGGAGCCCAGAUGGCAAUUUAAGAGCCUUAAAGCCCAAACACAGGGCCCCCUUCUGAGCAUGCUACCCUGUGAGACUGCAAUGGUCAUGUGCCAUUAGGUUGGUCCUGCUUGGGAAUUGGCUCCCUGGGAUCCCCUUUGGCCAUUUUUGUCCAGUGAGGAUGGAGAACUUGAAGUAUGAGCUAUAGGAGGGCAGGGAAUUAUAAGUGCUGCUGCCCCACUCAUCAUGGUUUCAGGAGGUGGUGGCCCUGGCUCUUGCGCCCUGGGAAGUGGCAUAAAUCCUAGGGCCCGGCCAGGAAUGGUGGCACAUGGCUGUAAUCCUGGAACGUUGGGAGGCUGAGACAGGAGGAUCAUAAAUUCAAGCCCAGCAUAGGCAACUUAGAAAGACCCGACCCUAGGUCAAAAUUUUAAAAAUAAAAAGGGCUGGGGAUGUAGUUCAGUGUCAAUCCCCAGGGCCACUAAAAAAUAAAAUAAAAACUAAAUCCUGGGGCCCAUCUCCUUGGUCCUCUCUUGUCUCCAGAGUGGCAGGAGAGGUCUCACUUACUCCUCUGGUCACUGGGAAGCAAAGGCCUCUUAGUCUAAGGCUGCAGCUAUUUGAACCCCUUGGUUUCGGGAUGAAAUGUGGCCUCUUUUUUAACUCCCAGCCCUGAUUUGGUGGAUGGGUUCACAGGACCCUGAACCUAAACAGGAUCAGAAACUUACUCAAAUGCUUGCUUGCCUGACAUAUACUCCAGAACAAAUUUCCAAAGUGGCUUCACAGGCCUCCUUCUCCUCGUCCAUCUACUUCCUGUAGUAGACAGAGUAAUGGUCUCAAUAAAAAUGUCCACAUCCUAUCCCUGAAUGUUACUUAACAUGGCAGAAUGGACUUUACAGAUGAGAUUAAGUUAAGGAUCUUAUAGUGAGGAAUGUAAGCUGGGCAUGCUAGGCAGAAGGAUCACAAGUUGAAGCCCAGCCUGGUCAACUUAGUGACUUGGGGAGACCUUGUUUCAAAAUAUAAAAUAACAAAGGACUAGGGAUGGAAAGUCCCUGGGUUCAACACUGGUACCACAAAAAAGAAAAGAUGGGGAGAGUUACAGGCAGAAUUGUGUGUCUUCCUCUCCUAAUUCCUAUGCCGAGGCUUGAACUUCCAGUACCUGUGUUUGGAUAUAGGGCCUUUAAAGAAGUGAUGAAGUUAAAGCAAGGCCCUGAUCUUAAAGUGGGGUCUAAUCUAAUCUGAUGGGUGUCCCCAUAAGAAAAAGUUUGGACACACAGAGACACCAGGGAUGUGUGCCCACAGAGGAAAGACCACGUGAGGACAUAGCAAGAAGGAAGCCAUCUCCAAGCCAAGGACCAAGGCCACAGGGGAAGCCAACCCUGCUGACACCUUGAUCUUGGGCUCCUGGCCUCCAGAACUGAGAGAAAAUAAAUCCCUAUUGUUUAGUUUUGA